AUGGCAACAAAAACCAUUCAAUUUAAUAUUGAUGAGGUAGAUAUGGAGCUGUUUAUCGGUGAAGUUAAACUUGAUCCCGAAAUAUGGAACAUAGCUGACAAUAACUACCACGAUCGAACAAAAAAAAGAGGAGCGUGGAUUGAAAUUUGUAGAGUUUUUUGUGAAGGAUUCGACGAAAAGGAUGAACGGGAUAAAAAUAAUAUGUGUACCUCUUGUAUAAAAAAAUGGCGAAAUGUCAAGGACAACUUUAAAAAAAGUUUAAACAAAACAAAAUCUGGACAGGCAGCUGGAUCAGGAAGAAAAUACAUUUAUGCCCGGCAAUUAUCAUUCUUACAAACUGCAGGUGCUACUACGGAAACACAAUCCAGCUUUGGUAACGACGAAAUAGAGGAAGAGCUAACCCAGCCACAGAAACCGGAACAACCUCCUCCCUACAACCAGCGUUCUAUGAAAAAACGCAAAUCGGAUAUAGAGACCUCCUUAAUUGAUUUUAUGAACACUCCAAUUCCUACUCCAACUGUCAUUCAAGAACUUAAUCCAGACCGUUCAUUUUUCGAAAGUAUUCUACCAUCCAUAUCUGAUUUCACCGAAGACCAGAAACUAGACUUUCGCUAUGAAGUGUAG